AUUUGAGAGACGGGGGAUGCAUGUGUCUGUGUGAGACAGAGAGAGGAGUGAGAGAAGGUAUAUCCUCUGGCCCUUGGAGAGUGAGCGUGAGGCUGAAUGGGAGCCAGGAAAAGGGGAAGGGCCUCGCGUCAGCCAGCUGCCUGAGAGUACGCAGGAAAACAGUGUCUGGUAGAGUAUAGGGAGAGGGGGACAGGGAGAGAGAGGACAGGAGAGAGAGAGAGCGCCAGGGCUCACAUCUCUAUAUGGGUUGCGUCCUGACUGCGGAGCCUUGCAGUGGGGAGGAAGCAGAGCCUGUGCCCGUGGUGAGAGGGUCACUGACGCGCCGAGGUCCAGAGAGGUCCAACAACGGCAGGAUGAGGCUGACGAAGACAGGGAAGGGGGAGCCCCAUGUCUUCAAGGAGAAGACCUUUAAGAAGAACCGUCAGUGUGGGGUGUGUCGUCAGAGUGUGGACAACACGGGGUCCUUUUGCCGAGUGUGUAAAACAGCCACUCACAAGAAAUGCGAGGUUAAGGUGACCACAGCUUGCAUCCCAGCUCUCCCGUCUGAUCUGCAGCGCAAAGGAACUGCUCCAUCCCGACACAUCCAACACCUGGGCUCCACAAGGUCUUUGACUUACAACAAACAGAGGAACACCCUGUCCAGGAGUAUCAGUGUGGACCGUGUGAUGGAGAGAGUCAUGGAGCGUCAUUAUGACUUUGACCUGACCUACAUCACCGAGGGGAUCAUCUCCGUGUUCUUCCCCCCUCUGCUGGACGAGCAGCGCUACCGUCUCAACCUCAAGGAGGUGACCGCCAUGCUCAGGUCCAAGCACCAGGACAAGUUCCUGCUCUUUAACCUCUCUGAACGUCACCAUGACAUCACCCGCAUGAAUCCAAAGGUCCUUGACUUCGGCUGGCCUGACUUCCAUGCCCCUCCCCUGGACAAGAUCUGUGCCAUGUGUAAGGCCAUGGAGACGUGGCUGACCUCCGACCCCCAGCAUGUGGUGGUCCUGCACUGCAAGGGCAACAAGGGCAAAACAGGAGUGAUUAUUGCAGCCUACAUGCACUACAGCAAGAUCUCUGCAGGGGCAGACCAGGCCCUCAGCACCCUGGCCAUGAGGAAGUUCUGCGAGGAUAAGGUAUCUUCCUCCCUCCAACCGUCCCAAAACAGGUAUAUCUACUACUUUGGGGGGCUCCUCUCUGGGGCGAUCAAGAUGAACAGCAGUCCGCUAUUCCUCCACCAGGUCCUCAUCCCCACGCUUCCUAACUUCCAGGGCAAAGGAGGUUACUUCCCCUUCCUGAAGCUUUACCAGUCCAUGCAGCUGGUCUACACCUCAGGGAUAUAUGACUUGCAGGGUUCUGUGGGCAGAAGACUGUGUGUGACCAUUGAGCCUGCGCUGCUGCUGAAGGGAGACAUCAUGGUGAAGUGUUACCACAGACGGGCCCAGGGUGCAGAGAGGGACACAGUGUUCAGACUGCAGUUCCACACCUGCACCAUCCACGGGGCCCAGCUAUGGUUCGGCAAGGGGGAGCUGGAUGAGGCCUGUACUGAUGAACGAUUUCCCUCGGAUGCCACUGUGGAGUUUGUCUUCUCCUCUGGACCAGAGAAAAUGAAAGGGCGUGAGUACCAGAGAAAUGACCCUGCUGUCACAGUGGACUACAACACAGCUGAUCCAGUGGUGCGCUGGGACUCCUAUGAGAACUUCAACCAGCGCUAUCAAGACAGCCUCGAUGACAUAGCCCACACCAGGGGUCCAGUGGAUGGAAGUCUGUAUGCCCAGAUAAAGAAGCCUCUCUCAGCCUCAGGCUCUGGCUCCCUGACCUCCACCAAUGGCAGUCCAGCAAGCACCAGCGAGGAGAGGCCCAGUCAGAGCCAGCUGCUCUCUCCCAGCUCUGACUCUCUCACUCACUCCGGCCACUGGUCUGAGGAGUCCCGAGGGCUCCCGCCACCCACCCGGCAGGAGAGAGAGGACCUGGACCGACUGCUGGGGGGCAUUGAUGGGGAGGGGGACGGCCUGGACAGAGAGAGGGAGACUGCCAUCCUGGACGAUGGGGACUCGUCCUCGCCGUCUGAGCAUACAGGCACCCUGAGGCUGGACCGCUCCUGUUCUUGCCGGGUGGGCUACCACUCCCAGCGCUGUGCCGAGCCCGGCUGUGACCGACUCCACCUCAUGUCCAGCGGCUACUGCCGGGACAGAGCGCCGGGCACCAACGGCCACCCUGGGUCACCGCCCUUGACUAACCCUGCCACCGUCCCCUCACACAUGGACCUGUGUCAGCACUACAGCCCACACCCUCACCCCCAUCAGGCCCUGCCUCCCCCUGACCUGGUAUGGAACCGCCAGCAGGGCCCUCCACACUACCUGCACCGUGAGGGACCCUCUCGUCACCCCUCUCUGUGCCCCUAUCCAUCCCAGGACCUGACCUCUCACCCCCUCACCCUUCAUCCCGGGCGCCUGCUCUGUAGAAGUGAUGACUAUGGUCCAUACCACCACCCUCCCUCACACACCCACCAUCACCCUCACCACCCCAAGUCCUCCGGGUCCUACCAAGAUAUGCUGCUGCUGGAUGGCCUGCCGCCCCCUAGCUGCCCCUGCCGGGACUGCCUCAUCAGGAGGGAGGAUUCAGCCUUCCACGGCCUGCGGCUGGAGCGAGGAGAGAGCUUCCACUGGGACAGAGAGGCAGAACUGCAGCAUCGGGAAGCAGGGCUAAGGAGAGUAAGGGAGUCUGAGCUGCCUAGAGGGGCAGAGAUGCACUGGGAGAGGGAGGGAGCAGGACUAAGAAGAGGCAGGGAGAUGUCACUGCACUGGGAGAGAGACAGGGAGGCAGAGCUCCAAUGGGAGAGGGAGAGAAAGGCCGACUAUUGGCACCGGAGGGCCUACAGGCUUCAGGACCACGAGCUACCUGCCUUCACCUUUGACCCCCUGCUGUCUGGCCACCCUGCGUACCCGGAGGCAUCUCGCUCCCACGGCCACACCCACCUGGACCUGAAGUACAGCAACAGCAGCAGCAGUGGCUACCAGACUCCGCACCAGGUCUGCCACUGCUCCCCCUACCAGCCCUCCCCAUCUGAGAGCAGGGGUUAUGCCUCAGGCUACCAGUCUGAGUCCACCUCCCCUCUGCCCCCUCCCUCCACCCUGUCAGGCCCCUGCAGCCACACCAGAGGGCCAGCAGACCACCACCCCGAAGCCCACCCUCAGCAGUACCCAUCCGAGAGCCAGACAGAUGGAAGGGGGAUGAGUGAGAAUGUGAGUUGGCGGGACCACAUCUCCCAGGGUUCCUUCAAGAGGAUGCAUCCUUCAAGAGAUGUCCCGUGUUCCACGCCUUCUGACCUCUCUAGGCCGCCCACCCCUGUUCUCACCAGCAGCCCUCUGUGCACACAACAAAGCCUCAGUCUAGGUGUGCAAGAGUGUGAAGUUGGAUCGACUGACAUAGUCAACAGUGACUGUGAGUCUGUCCAGUCUCAGGAUAGGCCCGGCAGUGCUGCUGCUCAGGGGUCACAGGUCAACCAGCAACACAUCCCUGACCCUUUACAGUCUACAUCCUUGACACCCACACCUUCCCCCACCCAACCCACCAGCCACUGGACCACACUGACAGCAACACAACCACCCUCACCCCACCAGCCCCAGAACCACAGUGCUACACCUUCGCCCCAGAACCACAGUGCUACAUCUUCACCCUACCAGCCCCAGAACCACAGUGCUACAUCUUCACCCCACCAGCCCCAGAACCACAGUGCUACAUCUUCACCCCACCAGCCCCAGAACCACAGUGCUACACCUUCACCCCACCAGCCCCAGAACCACAGUGCUACAUCUUCACCCCACCAGCCCCAGAACCACAGUGCUACAUCUUCACCCCACCAGCCCCAGAACCACAGUGCUACAUCUUCACCUCACCAGCCCCAGAACCACAGUACUACAUCUUCACCCCACCAGCCCCAGAACCACAGUGCUACAUCUUCACCCCACCAGCCCCAGAACCACAGUGCUACAUCUUCACCCCACCAGCCCCAGAACCACAGUGCUACAUCUUCACCCCACCAGCCCCAGAACCACAGUGCUAGAUCUUCACCCUACCAGCCCCAGAACCACAGUACUACACCUUCACCCUACCAGCCCCAGAACCACAGUGCUACACCUUCACCCCACCAGCCCCAGAACCACAGUGCUACACCUUCACCCCACCAGCCCCAGAACCACAGUGCUACAUAUUCACCUCACCAGCCCCAGAACCACAGUGCUAGAUCUUCACCCCACCAGCCCCAGAACCACAGUGCUACAUAUUCACCUCACCAGCCCCAGAACCACAGUGCUAGAUCUUCACCCCACCAGCCCCAGAACCCCAGUGCUACAUAUUCACCUCACCAGCCCCAGAACCACAGUGCUACAUCUUCACCCUCAACUACAACCAGCCAGCCCAGCAACCACUGCCACCCUGCUACACCCACUCAGACACCCACUGAGAAAGCUAGCCUAACUGGUCCAAAGACCACCCUUCCUACAGAGACUGCUAUACUGCCUCCUGUUGCCCAGCCCCAGUUCCAGUCCCCCAACCCUGUACCUGGAGCAUGUCCACUCAGGAAACUGACCACAGAGGUCCCUAAAUCCAGUUCCACCCCCACUUCACCCCCUUCCUCCCCCCAGCCUCCCAUCAGCAGUCUGGAGGGGUCCCCCUCCUCAGAGCCUCCGGUGCCCGGCUUUGCCACCCUGGGCCGGAGGUUGAUGCUGGUCACUGAGCCACCGGGACCCCUGCAGCACUACCCUGGCAUGGAGGGCAGCACCAGCGGGCACUCUCCAGCCCCUGAGGUACACACCACCCCCACAUUCCCCACCUCUGCCACCGGCUGCUAUCCCCAAUCUGUCCCACAUGUGCCAUAUUCGAGCUACAUUGCUGUCACCAUCCCCCAGCGCCCACUCCCAGAGAAACGGGGUCAGUCUGCCCAGCUAGGGUCACCUAAUUGCGGGGUGAGGACCCUGAGGCCAACCCCCUCACAGCACCAUGUCACCUUCUCUCCAACGGUGGGGGAGAUGGCGCCCCCUGCAGGCCAAGGAGAGGGAGUGCUAUCUCUGGAGAGUGAGAUGGCAGGCAGAGUCAGUGUUACGUUUGUCCAGGACAACUCACGUUUCUGGUACAAGCCUGGCAUCUCCAGGGACCAAGCCAUAGCUGCACUGAAGGAGAGAGAACCAGGGGCCUUUCUUAUCCGGGACAGCAACUCCUUCCAAGGAGCCUAUGGCCUGGCGCUGAAAGUGGCCACCCCGCCCGCUAACCUCAACAACCACAGCAGCAAAGUGGUCGAUCCAUUGGAGCAGCUGGUGCGACACUUCCUGAUUGAGACGGGCCCCCGUGGAGUGAAUAUCAAAGGGUGUCAGAAUGAGCCCCAUUUUGGGAGUUUGUCUGCGUUAGUAUACCAGCACUCCAUCACUCCCAUCUCUCUGCCCUGUUCCCUACGGAUCCCAGAGAAAGAUCCCAUUGGAGAAAUGCAGGAGCUGCAGUCGACUGCCAGUAACAUGAGCACAGCUUCAGACCUGCUCAAACAGGGUGCAGCCUGUAAUGUGCUUUACCUGAACUCUGUGGAGACUGAGUCACUGACCGGACCCCAGGCCAUCUCCAGGGCAACCGGAGCCACCCUGGCACAGAACCCCCGGCCAGCGGCCACAGUGGUCCACUUCAAAGUGUCCUCACAGGGCAUCACACUGACCGACAGCCAGCGCAGGGUGUUCUUCAGGAGACACUACCCAGUCAACAGUGUGACGUUCAGCAGCAUCGACCCCCAGGACAGGAGGUGGACUAACUCAGACAGCACAACUUCUAAGGUGUUUGGGUUUGUAGCCAAGAAGCCAGGCAGCAUGGCAGAGAACGUGUGUCAUCUGUUUGCAGAGCUCGACCCGGAGCAGCCUGCCUCAGCCAUCGUCAACUUCAUCAACAAGGUGAUGUUAGGGCCGCAGCGCAGGUAGAGAGACAGAAAAGGACCAAGCCAAGGACCUGUCACCGCAGCAACACUGUCACAAAUCCUAAAGAGAGUCAGGAGGCUACAGAAAUGCUUUACAGACCCACAAAGCACCAGUGGUGGUGGCAUCUUCUCAAAGACUGAGUUUUGACCCCAAAGGGUCAACAUUUUAAACAUGACUGCCAUUUCGAAUUAUAAUAAAAAUGUAAUCGUUGUUUAUAUUCUAAUGUCUAUAAUGCCGCCCUUUAUAGUUGCCUUCAAGUUACCUAAAGCUUUGUUGUCACUUGUUAGUCAGUAAUCUAAGGUAUCAAUAAGUAGCCUAGCCUACCAAAGAUCUUGCCUCAACCCUGUCACUCUCCCUUUGACAAUCAUAAGUGUAAGUCAAACAAAAUGUAGAAGAUGAUUUAGUCCUACAGUAGGAUACAGUAGGCUACAGUAGACUGACUACAUUAGGCUACAGUAGAUUACAGUAGGCUACAGUAGACUACAGUAGGCUACAGUAGAUGGACUACAUUAGGCUACAGAAGGCUACAUUAGACUACAGUAGAUUACAGUAGACUGACUACAUUAGGCUACAGUGGACUACAGUAGGCUAAAUAAGACUACAGUAGGCUACUCUGGACUGACUACAUUAGGCUACAGUAGACUACAUUAGGUUACAGCAGGGUAUGUUAGGCUACAGUAGACUACAGUAGACUACAUUAGACUUCAUUAGGCUACAGUAGAUUACAGUAGACUACAUUAGGCUACAACAGGGUAUGUUAGGCUACAGUAGACUACAUUAGGCUACAGUAGAUUACAGUAGACUACAAUAGGCUACAGUAGAUUACAGUAGACUACAUUAGGCUACAGUAGACUGACUACAUUAGGCUACAGUAGAUUACAGUAGGCUACAUUAGGCUACAGUAGACUGACUACAUUAGGCUACAGCAGGGUAUGUUAGGCUACAGUAGAUUACAGUAGACUACAGUAAACUGCAGUAGAUUACAGUAGACUACAUUAGGCUACAGCAGGGUAUGUUAUGCUACAGUAGAAAGUAAAAGUGAGAAACGCCUAUUUGUAAUGUGCAAGCGACAGAGUGUAUGUGGUUAGGGUAUCAAUGUAUGUGGAGGCUAGGGGCUAGGGCACAGAUAUGGUAAUGUAUGUGGAGGCUAGGGGCUAGGGCACAGAUAUGGUAAUGUGUGGAGGCUAGGGGCUAGGGCACAGAUAUGGUAAUACAGUGGAGGCUAGGGCUUAGGGCACAGAUAUGGUAAUGUAUGUGGAGGCUAGGGCACAGAUAUGGUAAUGUGGUGGAAGCUAGGGGCUAGGGCACAGAUAUGGUAAUGUAUGUGGAGGCUAGGGGCUAGGGCACAGAUAUGGUAAUGUAUGUGGAGGCAAGGGGCUAGGGCACAGAUAUGGUAAUGUAUGUGGAGGCUGGGGCUAGGGCACAGAUAUGGUAAUGUGGUGGAGGCUAGGGCACAGAUAUGGUAAUGUGGUGGAGGCUAGGGCACAGAUAUGGUAAUGUAUGUGGAGGCUAGGGGCUAGGGCACAGAUAUGGUAAUGCAGAGGAGGCUAGGGCACAGAUAUGGUAAUGCGGUGGAGGCUAGGGCACCGAUAUGGUAAUGUGGUGGAGGCUAGGGCACAUAUAUGGUAAUGUGGUGGAGUCUAGGGGCUAGGGCACAGAUAUGGUAAUGUGUGGAGGCUAGGGGCUAGGGCACAGAUAUGGUAAUGUAGUGGAGGCUAGGUGCUAGGGCACAGAUAUGGUAAUGUAUGUGGAGGCUAGGGGCUAGGGCACAGAUAUGGUAAUGUGGUGGAGGCUAGAGGUUAGGGUACAGAUAUGGUAAUGUAUGUGGAGGCUAGGGCACAGAUAUGGUAAUGUGGUGGAGGCAAGGGACUAGGGCACAGAUAUGGUAAUGUAGUGGAGGCUAGGGACUAGGGCACAGAUAUGGUAAUGUAGGUGGAGGCUAGAGGUUAGGGUACAGAUAUGGUAAUGUAUGUGGAGGCUAGGGCACAGAUAUGGUAAUGUGGUGGAGGCUAGGGGCUAGGGCACAGAUAUGGUAAUGUAUGUGGAGGCUAGGGGCUAGGGCACAGAUAUGGUAAUGUAUGUGGAGGCUAGAGGUAUGGGUACAGAUAUGGUAAUGUGUGUGGAGGCUAGGGGCUAGUGUACAGAUAUGGUAAUGUAUGUGGAGGCUAGAGGUAUGGGUACAGAUAUGGUAAUGUGUGUGGAGGCUAGGGGUUAGGGCACAGAUAUGGUAAUGUGGUGGAGGCUAGGGGCUAGGGCACAGAUAUGGUAAUGCAGUGGAGGCUGGGGCUAGGGCACAGAUAUGGUAAUGUGUGGAGGCUAGGGCACAGAUAUGGUAAUACAGUGGAGGCUAGGGCUUAGGGCACAGAUAUGGUAAUGUGUGGAGGCUAGGGGCUAGGGCACAGAUAUGGUAAUACAGUGGAGGCUAGGGCUUAGGGCACAGAUAUGGUAAUGUGUGGAGGCUAGGGGCUAGGGCACAGAUAUGGUAAUACAGUGGAGGCUAGGGCUUAGGGCACAGAUAUGGUAAUGUAUGUGGAGGCUAGGGGCUAGGGCACAGAUAUGGUAAUACAGUGGAGGCUAGGGGCUAGGGCACAGAUAUGGUAAUACAGUGGAGGCUAGGGCUUAGGGCACAGAUAUGGUAAUGUGUGGAGGCUAGGGGCUAGGGCACAGAUAUGGUAAUACAGUGGAGGCUAGGGGCUAGGGCACAGAUAUGGUAAUGUGUGGAGGCUUGGGGUUAGGGCACAGAUAUGGUAAUACAGUGGAGGCUAGGGCUUAGGGCACAGAUAUGGUAAUGUGUGGAGGCUUGGGGUUAGGGCACAGAUAUGGUAAUACAGUGGAGGCUAGGGCUUAGGGCACAGAUAUGGUAAUACAGUGGAGGCUAGGGCUUAGGGCACAGAUAUGGUAAUACAGUGGAGGCUAGGGGCUAGGGCACAGAUAUGGUAAUGCGUGGAGGCUAGGGGCUAGGGCACAGAUAUGGCAAGUCCCAGAGAUUAUGGGGUAUUGUUAUGUUUAGUUCACAUGUACGUUCUUAUGAAUUGUGCCCUAGAAACGCUUGCAGUAACCAAGGACAACCAAGGAACAAGGGUGUGCCACACAACUGCCCUCCCCAGUGUAUUGUAUAACCAUGGAUUCUUCUGUCAAGCGCUAUAUACAAUAAUAAUAUCGCUGCAAAUAGUCCUGUAGUUCUAUUAUGGGUAAAUUAUCUAACCUAUGGUGCAAAUAAUAUUCCUUAUUAUAUUGUAUAUUAUUGAGAAAUAUAUUCAAACAUUAAAAACAAGACAAGGAUGAGGUCCUGUCUUUGCCACAACGUCAACGUAAUGCUCACAUAUCUUUUUACCUGUAUGACUUUAUGUACAAACACAAAUCAGAGAUGUCUAAGGUCCUAUGUACUUAACCAAAGACGAAGCACUCCUGUAUUAAGAUGUAAUCCUUCAUAUUUUUAAGCUUCAUGUAUUUGUAUUGUUAGUUUUGCAUUGUUUUUGUAAGACAGGAAGACUACUUUGUAUAACAGUGGUAAUAUAUUGUGGUCUGUUUUCUUAUUGAUCUUUAUAUGUAGUAAUAUAUUUUCUCACAUGCAGCUAGGAAAGUGAAUGUCAAAAGGAAACAUUUGUAAGGAAAAUAAUCUGUUAUGCUAUUUUUUUAAGAAAGCUAUGUAUGUACAAAUGAAUAUAAUAAAACAAAAGUUGUGGUACCAAA